CAAACGAUAUGGUGAUUUGAGGAAUAAAAGUCUUGACAAUGUUAAAAAAGGAAAUGCCUUCGGCAGCCAGAGAGCCCGGAGAGGCCGGAGCAAAGAAAAGGAACAGAGGAAGAGGCUCGGAGAACAGAGGAACAGAGCCGCGCCGUGUGGGUGCGCUGGCUGACGGCCUCGUGGAGGAGCUCGGGUACCUGCGCCUGCCCGCUGAUGGAAUGGCCGUGGCCGCACAUCGCCUGCCCCGCUCCAGCAGGAGCUCUCCGAUGAAUAAAGGCGCCUGCGGCGGGAGCACUGGCUCCAACUCGAUUCGUUCGCCUCCCUCCCCGAUCCCCAGAUCCAAUCCAGGACGCGGCAUCGAUGGCGGCGAAGGUGCUCCAGCUCCGUAGCUCCGACGGCAAGGUGCUCGUCGCUCCGGCGUGGGACUAUCGCCCGACCGCCGCCCAAGCCCUCCCGCUGGAGAUGCGGGUGCCCUCGCGCACCCUCGAGAGGGUGCUCCAGUACUGGACCAAGCACAGCCUUGCCAAGGCCACCGGUGAGUCCCGGGAGUCCCUCGCCCGCUGGGACGCCGACUUCCAGCGCCGUCUCGACGAAGACGGCCUCGCCAAGGAGGCCGCUGCAGCCGCCCAAGAACUCCGCCGCUACGGUGUCGACCAUGGAGGGCGUCCCCAUCGCCACGGCGCCACGGCCGCAUCUGAUGUCGCUGCUCCUGCCAAGGCGGCCCGUGGUGAUCCCGUCCGUGUCUGGUGUGUCAACCGCGGAGAACGCAGCCAUGCGCCGGCGAUGCCCGGCUCCUUGGAUGCCUCUGAUAUUGCCUCUGCCGCGCGCCCUGGGCCUGCCACCACCUUGCCGGCUGCUACUGGUGCUGACCCCGUGGAUGUCCGGUGCGCCAUCCGUGCCCGUGGACGCCAGAUGGCUCAAGACGAGGAGUCCGCUUGCCACCACCGCAAGCGCCCGGCUUCCAAGGCUCCAAUCUGCCUGCCUGCGCCACUGCUGCUGCGCCUGUGAAGAAGGUCUCUCGUCAGGUCGCUUCCAAGGCUUGCUCUUUCGUCGGCUCUACACCACUGCCUGCCACUGCUGCUGCGCCCAGUGUGCAACCGAAGCCGCAGAUCAGCAUGCGCGAACUGAUCGAGAACGCUCGCCUCACCAUGGCUCGCCUCGACAAGGCUCGCUCUGCCUCCGAAGAAGAGGCCAGCCGUCGGCGCGACAUCGAGCGCAGCCGAGCGGAGGCCCAGCGAAAGGUGGAGCAGAUGGCGGACACCGUGCAGUUCAACGACCCCUGGAUCCAUUACUCCGACGUGACCAAGUCCCCUGAGGAGCUGCUCCAAGCACGACAGCAAGCAUGGCGUUAUCAAGCUCACCUCCUCGAGAUGGCUCGUCGACGGGACUUUGCUCAAGCGAUGCAAAUCCACGGGUGAUGGAAGCAGAGCAAGAAAUCAUCAACAGUGCAAGCUUCUUGGUGGUAGUCUUACAUCAGAGGAGAAGAGUCGGCAGUGAGAAAAGCAGAGGGAGCAGAGGAAUCUAGUUGCAAGCUACAAGUUGCCAACUAUGUAAUCUAGUUGCAAAUUUGUAGGAGUACUGCUGCUGCGCCUGUGAAGAAGGUCUCUCGUCAGGUCGCUUCCAAGACUUGCUCUUUCGUCGGCUCUACACCACUGCCUCUCACUGCUGCUGCGCCCGGUGUGAAGAAGAUGACUCCAGUAGUUUCAACUCUGCGCGCAAGAAGGGGGAUGGGGGAGCUCAGCUGCAAGAUUCUGAAGCAAAACCGUGUCACCGCUGCAGCACCAAGGAAGCAACCAAUUCCUUGGCUGCGUCCAGUGGUAUUACGCCUUCCCUAGUCUUUUAGUUGCUUCCUAAACCAUGCACACAUAAGUUUCAUUUAAUCUUUGUCCCUCUAGGUUCUGCACUUGCUUACCAACAUUUCUAGUGUUCUUUGAAUCCCGUUCAGUCAUUAGUAAUUUUACUAGAGUGUCAGCAGAGUCUCCAUCUAGCUAGGCAGCAAAAAUCUUGUUAAGAUGUGUACGACAUAGUUACACUACAUCCACACCUGGUCCUAAGUUAAGGGUUUAAGUAAAUAAAGGGCAUUUUCAAUAAAUCAAAGUGAAGCAGAUGAGCCAAAAAAAUUGGAAACUCAUGUACUGCAAUUCCGGCCCAAGACAGAGCGUAAAACGCACUCGCCGCAAAAUCCAAAAUGCCCGUUUGCUACCCGGCUUGUAGCAGGAAAAAAGGAGUAGAAUUGAACUUGUCGAUACACACAGUUAUCAUGUGAGCUGCCUAGCGUCUGGAGACUAUGCUGACUCUCCUGUAAAAUUAAUCUUGGCUGAAUUGGAUUCUUAGGCAUUGGCGUCUUGGUGAGUUAAAGUUGCAGUUUCCAACGAGUAACAUUGGUUACUGUGAACUCUUGUGUGUGUGUUUGUGGGUGAAGCUUUGGGCUAGGCAAGUCCUGAAUGUAUCGACUAUCAAGUCGUAUUGUAAUCAAUUUCAGACAUGAAUGAAAAAUUGUUGGCCAAGCAAGUCCUGAAUGUAUCGACUAUCAAGUCAUAUUGUAAUCAAUUUCAGACAUGAAUGAAAAAUUGUUGGCCUGAA